UCCGAGUGGAGCGGGCGAGCCAAGUGGUUGUGUGGUCUCGUCUUGGAAACCAGUAGCCCUUGCAGCAUGGCUGACCAACUGACUGAAGAGCAGAUUGCAGAAUUCAAAGAAGCCUUUUCACUAUUUGACAAGGAUGGUGAUGGGACUUUAACAACAAAGGAACUAGGGACUGUGAUGAGGUCCCUUGGGCAGAACCCCACAGAAGCAGAGCUACAGGACAUGAUUAAUGAAGUAGAUGCAGAUGGUAAUGGCACAAUUGACUUCCCUGAAUUUCUGACAAUGAUGGCAAGAAUAAUGAAAGAUACAGACAAUGAAUUGGAAAUCAGAGAAGCAUUCCAUGUGUUUGAUAAGGAUGGCAAUGGCUACAUUAGUGCAGCAGAGCUUCGCCAUGUGAUGACAAACCUCAGAGAGAAGCUGACCGAUGAAGAGGUCGAUGAGAUGAUCAGGGAAGCUGGCAUUGAUGGCGACGGUUAGGUAAACUGAAGAGUUUGUACAAAUGAUGACAGCAAAGUGAAGACACUAUAUAGAAUGUGUUAAAUUUCUUGUACAAAACUGUUUAUUUGCCUUUUCUUUGUUUGUAACUUAUCAGUAAAAGAUUUCCCCUACUGUCAAAAAA